GGCACACCUGGACACGAUCACUUGUACCGUGCACUGAGUACUUUGAAUGGGUUCUGGAUGCGGUAGACCUCCAGCCCUGGUCGGGCUCGGUGAGCUGCCCGUCGAGCUCAAAGACCAGAGCCAGACUCCAGAGUCUGCAGACUCUGAUACCCUCGACCCUCUUCCGCUAACGUCAACAUAUGCAAGCCCUGUUGCACACCGUGGCGUACAAGGCUAUCCUGCACUUCGCCACCGCCGCCAAUCCGUAUCAUCUGCUCUCAGCCACCAUACCUCAAUCCAGACUGCAGCUUCUCUCGCUUCAAUCGACAGACCACCUUCACGCACGUCGUCACCUGACGGAAAGCUCCCCGCAGCAAAAGUAUACCACCCAUUGUCACCUCACGUCCUUGCCUUGUUGAUGCCCGCAUCGGUAUUCGGAGUCUUGGCGAGGUUGGGUAUUCAAGCGUUAGUGGGGUAUGACGGUAGGAGCAUCUUCCCGCUUGCCUGGGUGCAGGUGAUGGGAUGUGUGAUUAUGGGAUUCGGAGUAGGUAUUAAGGAUCCACUUGGUCAGUUCUAUGGUUCCCUGUAUACUGCAUUAACUACCGGAUUCUGUGGAUCGUUGACCACAUUUUCUGGGUGGCAGCUAGAUGUCUUUCAAUCAUGGUUACAUGUUGAUCAGGAGCCUAGGGACUGGUUGCGUGAUGUCAUAGAUGGCCUGACGAGGAGUUUAUUUACGCUCGCACUAUCACUCGCCGCCGUCAUGUUCGGCUUUCACUGUGCAUCAAUUCUGCGAAGACGCAUCCUACCACCGAUCCAAUUAGCCCCACCACCCCGCAUAGUUCGCUAUAGCGUAUCGGUAUUGGGAGUACUAAUAUAUGCAGCAGCAUACCCUGCAUACUUUGAAUUACCUGCAAAGUUCUGACACCAAGCAACAGCGGCGCUGUUGUUUAGCUUUCCAGGUACCUUGUCACGCUACCUCUUGUCGAUAUACCUCAACCCAGCCCUGUCAUUAUUUCCACUGGGUACGUUCACAGCAAACAUGUUCGGCACGGCAUUGCUGGGUGUGUUCCAUGUCCUGCAAGGACUCAGAAGUCCGCUUAGCCCAAGUGCUUGUGCGGUGAUGCAAGGCCUCGCGGAUGGGUACUGCGGUUGUUUGAUGAUGCUAAGCACAUUUGCGGUGGAAGUGAUAACAUUGGAAGAGGAGAAGAGUUGGUUCUAUGUCGUGUUGAGUUGGGUGACGGCGCAGCUAUUGUUGUUGGUGAUUUUGGGUCCGUCAUACUGGGCCGGCAACGCAAGUGAACAGACCACAUGUAUUUUCUUUUCGUAGCGUUUGUAGCUAGUAGCUAGGUAUUUCGGGACGAAAAACAUUAUAUCCU